UUUUUAAAUAGUAUGAUGUGUGUUUUAUUUUCUUACAGGCAUAUUCACCAAAUAGAUGCAGUGUUGUUAUCCUACCCAGAUAUUUUGCAUCUGGGUGCCCUACCUUAUGUUGUUGGAAAGUGUAAUUUGGAUUGUCCUAUUUAUGCUACUGUUCCUGUUUAUAAAAUGGGACAGAUGUUUAUGUAUGACUUAUUUCAGUCUCGUCAUAAUACUGAAGAGUUCACCCUUUUUACCCUGGAUGAUGUUGAUGCAGCUUUUGAUAAAAUAAUACAACUGAAAUAUAAUCAGUCUAUCAAUUUGAAAGGUUUGUAAAAAUGUCUAAAAGCCCUCAGACUUUAUUACAUAUUUGUC